AUGGCCCCUCUCCACCCCGGCCUCCCCGAUGAGAUCGCCAUCUGGGAGAUCCUCAUCCGUCUGGAUCCCAAAGCCCUCCUCCGCUGUCGGGCCGUCUGCCGGGGCUGGCUUCGCGCCACGUCCACCCGCGAAUUUCUCGUCAUCCACCACGGCCGCCAGCCCACACUCCCCCUUCUCGAUGGCUACAACGGCGACGUCGACGACCGGACACUAGACAUUAUCCCCUUGGACCACCGGGCACGGCUCGUCGCCGCCGACCAGCUGCAACCUAUCGCGCGACUCGACCACAGGCACCCCCUGCAAUCAUGCGACGGCCUCCUCCUCCUCUGCACCAACGGUACCGACAUUAGCAACGGUGGUGCCGACAUUAAGAGGCAGUACUCAAUCUGCAACCCGGCAACUCGUCAGUAUGCUCCUCUACGGCAGAUUGCUGAUUUCAUAGUCGUAGCAAUGUACCCUCACGGCCAUACUGGCGAGUACCGACUACUGUUGUACCCGGGCAGGUUGAUGAAUGGUAAUCUGGCUCCUGGCCUUCAUGAUGGCUUCUAUGUCUUCACACUGGGCUCCUGCCAACCACCAAGGCACAUCGGGUGGCCGGAGGCUAAGGAAGUGAUGCUUGAAAGAAAUGUGCUAUUCCGUGGCAACCUGCAUUGGUACAUGGAAGUACUUGAGAGCAGCAAAGCGGGCAUGAUAUUGGUGUUCGACACCAUGGAAGAAUCAUUCACGGAGAUGCGUGCUGCUCCGAUUGAUCGCGGCGACGCUGACCUGUUUGAAAUGGAUGGCAUGCUCAUCCUCGCCAAGUUUAACAAUGCAGCGGAAGCCAUUGAUAUCUGGGGCUUGCAGGACUACGAAAGGGAGAUCUGGACCUGCAAGUGCCAAAUUCGAUUGCCCGCUGAAGAUAUCAGGGCGCAGUUUCAAGAAGUCCACCGUAAUUGGGAUGUACAGGUGACGUCUUCGGAUGAAGCUGUGAUCAUCCUAGUCCUGUAUGGCCUCUAUAGGAUACUUCAGAUCGACAUUGAUGGCAAGUUGGUUGCCACUUUCCACCGCGAAGGCCUUUGUCGUGGUUUACUCCGUCUCAAACAAUCUCUUGUUCCGCAUACCUUCUUUCCUGCACUAGAGGGUUAUGUUGUGAAUAGUUUGCCUUUCAUGUGA